UCCCUGCUGAUGAUGAACCAAGGUGUCGAAUUGGACAUUUUACCAUCCUAGUUACUUCAUACUGUUAUUGAAGAAUUUAGAAGGCCCUGAUAUAGUUUUCUCUUUAACGGUUUAGAUUAUGAAGACAUGUACUUGAUGAUUCAAUAAAUAUCUUUUAAUUGACCUGUGAGUUGUGCCCUUUUUCUUUUGCAUCCGUAGUUUAUUAACCUAAAAGCUGUUUUACUUGUCUGGUUAUUUUCCACAAACCCUCUAAAAGUCACCCAAUAGCACUUGAGUCCUUUGAUAAUUUCAAAACAUUUUGCAAAUCUGCAAGUAAUCGCAACAAAUGCAGAGAUAUAAAAAUGUCAAGUGCAUUCGGCAAUAGACCUGCAUGCAUCUCAAGAGCCCGUUAUGUUCCGGCCCCGGCGUGUAAUGGCAACGUCUACGUUUACCGGAAGCCGUCGUCCCACGGCGGGAGGAGCCUCGCAGUGCCACGUUGAUGGUCACCGCUGGAGACGUGGAAUCUCGUCCUGUACUCUGGGCCAGCGCACACAAGUACGAAGCUGCAGACGCGAAGGAACAUUUAAGAUUGACCUGUUUUUGUACAUAGUCAAGUUGUAUUCUUGCGUGCAUGUACAAAUCUAGCAUAAGAUCAACGUUUAGGAAGUCAGGAUGAAACUGAAGGAGAUCAAUCGUACAGCCAUCCAGAGCUGGAGUCCCUCACAGCAACAUCCGAUCUACCUGGCAACAGGGACCUCCGCACAGCAGCUGGAUGCCUCCUUCAGCACCAAUGCCUGCCUGGAGAUCUUUGAGUUGGACUUGGCCGAUACGUCUCUGGACAUGAAGUCUUGUGGCACCUUCUCGUCCUCUCACAGAUUUCACAAACUGGUGUGGAGCCCCCAUGGGAUGGACGGGGCCGGUCACCCAAACGGGGUCCUGAUCGCCGGUGGGGAGAACGGCGAUGUCAUCCUCUACGACCCGGCCAAAAUAAUGGCUGGUGACGACGACGUCAUCAUUACUCAGAGCGACAAGCACACAGGGCCAGUGAGGGCCCUCGAUGUCAACCCCUUCCAAGCAAACCUGGUGGCGUCCGCAGGCAAUGAGUCUGAAAUCUACAUUUGGGACCUGAAUAACUUUGGCUCCCCGAUGACACCCGGACCUAAAACUCAGCCUCUGGAGGACAUCAGCUGCGUGGCGUGGAACCGUCAGGUGCAGCACAUCCUGGCCUCGGCCAGUCCCAGCGGCCGCGCCUCCGUCUGGGACCUCCGCAAGAACGACCUCAUCAUUAAAGUCAGCGACCACAGCAACAGGAUGCACUGUUCUGGGCUGGCCUGGAACCCAGAGGUGGCCACGCAGCUGGUCCUGUCGUCAGAAGACGACCGCAUGCCCGUCAUCCAGAUGUGGGACCUCCGCUUCGCCACAUCCCCGCUGAAGAUCCUGGAGAACCACACCAGGGGUGUCCUGGCCAUAGACUGGAGCUUGGCGGACCCUGAGCUGCUCCUGAGCUGUGGGAAGGACAACAGGAUUCUCUGCUGGAAUCCAAACACUGCAGAGGUUUUGUACGAGCUGCCCACCAGCACUCAGUGGUGCUUCGACAUCAAGUGGUGUCCCAGGAAUCCGGCAGUGCUGUCAGCCGCAGCCUUCGACGGCAACAUCGGCAUCUAUUCCAUCAUGGGAGGCAGCAGCCAGGCUCAGAACCAGAGGCAAGCGGACCAAAUCACCCACUCCUUCGGGAACAUGGACCCGUUUGGAACCGGACAGGCUCUGCCCCCGCUGCAGAUGCCCCAAGCCCCCCGCCCCGCCCCCCCUGCCAUGGUCAACCCCCUGAAGAAGCCCCCCAAGUGGAUACGCAGACCCGUCGGAGCCUCGUUCGCCUUUGGCGGCAAGCUCGUGACCCUGGACAACGCACCGUCGAACCCGCAGCAGCCCGCCAAGCACGUGGUGCACGUGAGCCAGGUCGUCACGGAGACGGCCUUCCUGGCGCGCUCCGACCUUCUGCAGGCCACGCUGAGCAACGGGAACUUUGUGGACUUCUGCCAGGAGAAGAUCGCCGCCGCGCAGGACGGCUUCGAGAGGACUGUCUGGUCCUUCCUCAAGGUUAAUUUUGACACUGAUGUCCGUGGACAAUAUCUUGAUCUACUGGGGUACAAAAAGGAGGAGCUAGCUCUAAAGAUUUCCACUGCCCUGAAGGAAAUGGCUGAAAAGCCAGAGACGGUGGUGGGGGCCCCUGCCGCUCUCCAGCCCACGGUGGCCCUCGAGCCGACCGAGGCCCCUGAAGACCUCCAGCCUACGACGGCCCCUGAUGCCUUCCAGCCUGUGGCGGCCCCUGCUGUCAGCAGCUUCAUGCCCCCCCCUGCUGACAUCUCUCCAGAGGCGGUGUUUGACCUCAUCUCGGCAGGAAACCUCCAGCCGGCCGACGAGCCGGCCCCCGCCCUCCUUCCCGAAGAGCCGGCCCCCGCCCCCCUUCCCGAGGAUGAGUUUGACCUGGACCUGGACGCUGAUAGCCCCGUAGACCUGGGCCUGGGGGAGGAGCUGGACCAGGAGCUCGAGGAGGGGGAGGAUGUGGAUUUGGGGGAUGAGGAGGAUUUCAAUUUGGAGGAUGAGGAGGAGGAGGAGAUACCACUACAGGAGGAUGUGGGUCUACCAGAAGAUGUGCCUGCUGAGCCAGCAGACCAGACCCCUGUGACGUUGGAGGACUCUGCUGUGGUCCCUGAAAUCGUCCCUGAUAUAGUCCCAGAUAUUGCUGCCCCUCCUGCUGCUGAUGAUACUGCUGCUCCUGCUGCUCCUGUUGCUGCUCCUGCUGCUGCUGCUCCUGCUCCUGCUCCUGCUCCUACUCCUGCUGCUGUUGCCCAGGGAGGCGUCCACCUCGCUGUUAGCCAAGACGUGGACGGCCUGAUCACCCAGGCACUGCUGACUGGAGACUUUGAGGGGGCAGUGGACCUCUGUAUCCUCGACAACCGCAUGGCCGACAGCAUCAUCCUGGCCAUCGCUGGCGGCUCGGAGCUCCUGGAGAAAACACAGAAGAAUUAUUUCUCUAAAACGCACACCAAACUUACCAAGUUGAUCAGUGCGGUGGUGAUGAAGGACUGGACGGACAUCCUGACGUCAUGUGACCUGGCCAACUGGAAGGAGGCUCUGGCUGCCGUCAUGACCUACGCCCGGCCAGACGAGUUCUCCGCCUUCUGUGACCUUCUGGGUGGACGCCUGGAGGUGUCCCAGGACGCCGUGCUCCAGGCGCAGGCGUCCCUGUGCUACAUCUGUGCUGGUAACGUGGAGAAGGUGGUGUCGUGUUGGACCCGGGCUCAGGCAGGGUACUCUCCCCUCUCCCUCCAGGACCUGGUGGAGAAGGUGGUGGUGCUGCGGCGGGCCGUGGAGCAGGCCCGGCGGGGCGGCGCCGCCCCCACCGCCAGCGGCGUCCUGCUGGAGGAGAUGAUGGGCCAGUACGCCGGCCUCCUGGCCUCCCAGGGCAGCCUGGCCACCGCCCUGGCCUACCUGUCGGGGAGCACCAACCAGCAGCUCCACAAGCGUCUAACUCAGUCAUUGGGCCAACAACAACAGCGACCACAACAACCACAACAGCAACCACAACAGCAGCAACAACAACAACCACAACAACAACCACAACAACAACCACAACAACAACAAUCCAUGCCGGCCCCGCAGGCUGCUGCCCCGGCCCGGCAGAACCCCUACGCUGCGGCGGCGGCGGCGGCGGCGGCGGGCCCCAGGCCCCUGUACAACCCGGGCCCGCCCUCCCAGCCGGCCCCAGGGCCCGCGGCGCCCCAGCCUACCUCCACUCCACCUCAACCACAGUAUUAUCAACCGGUGAGGGCUGCCUCCACUGUUACAUCGUGGAGUAACCAAACCCCCACAGCCCUCCCCAGUAUCCCCCCCGUUCAGCUAGCCAGUGGUCCCGACCAGCAGAACGAACCUCUGCCUCCUCCCAACGCCACGCACGGGAUGCCCGCCCCGGGCCCAGCGGCUGCCGGCGGCCCCCCGCCCUCCUCCGCUCCCGGGUACAUGUACGCCCAACAGUACCAGCCCCAGGUCAGCCACUAUGGAGCGCCAGGGACCGGGCCCAACUAUCAGCCGUUCCAGUACCCUGCAGCUUCUCUAGCUGCCCCCCCCUCCCCCUCCUCCUUACCUCCGGCCCCUGGCUUCCGCUCUCAGUAUAUGCAGCCGGGCCCCGGGCCCUCUCCCGUAUACCAGCCUCUGUCGUGCUCUCCUCCGUACAACGCGCCCUACUUUCCGACUGCGCCUACCUCUUCCUCCGCCUCUUCGUCUCCUACCUAUGCACCCGGUCCUCUGGCCCACGGAACGCCGUUCCAACAUGGCGGGCCUGGAUCGCCUGUCUCAUACAUGCAAUCACCGUUUGGAGGACCAGGACCUCAGAACGGCUGGAACGACCCUCCUGCUCUUAACAGAGCAGGAACAAAGAAGAAGCAGGGCCUUGAGAACUACACUCCACCGGCCCCCAUCACCGCCCCCAUCAUGGGCCCCCCCGGCAGCGACCCCCAGGCCCAGCCCAUGUCCCCCGUAUCUCUGCAGGGAUCCAUGGACCCGGGCCAAGGGGCCUUCCAGGGCCCCUUCUCAGGCAGGCAGCAGUUCCCCCCCUCUAGUGGUGGUCACCCUGCCAUGCCUCAAACCAGCGUGGAAGGUCCGCCUGGAGCUCCGACGGGGGACCACAUACAGCCUAUGCAGUCCAUCCCCGCGGAGAAGAUCUUGAAGAAGCCCAUCCCAGAGGAGCAUGUGGUGCUCAAGACCACCUUCGAGGGAGUGAUCCAGAAGUGCUUGGCUGUUGCUAGUGACCCUCAAACCAAGAGGAAACUUGAUGACGCCAGCAAGCGCUUGGAAGCCCUGUAUGACAAACUCAGAGAGCAGUCGCUCUCCCCAGCCAUUGUAGGAGGUCUGCACAACAUAGCAAGGAGCAUAGAGUCGAGGGCCUACACGGACGGCCUCAACAUCCACACCCACAUAGUUAGCAGCAGCAACUUCAGCGAGACGUCCGCCUUCAUGCCGGUCCUCAAGGUGGUGCUGACACAAGCCAACAAACUCGGAGUCUAAGAAUUAUAACCAAAACGGAGAUGAAAGUCUCCUGCAGAUAGAUUAAGAGUAAUCGGUUAGGUGUUACCAUGAAUUUAUACAGGAAUUAUUUUAGGUUCACCUAAGCUUAAGGGAGCUUGACAUGAAAAUGAUUAAUUUCAAUCAUUACGUUUUUUUUCUGUGUGCCAAUCGUUCCUUUUAUUGCCUCACUUACAAAGUUAGGUGAGAAAAAGGGUUUGACCAAUACAAGCCAUACUCAUUGGGUCUUUACAACCCUCGGUAGUGGGGUACCCCCUGGUGCUCCAUGCUGGACCAUGAACAAUAAGGGCUACUCUGCAACCAGCCACACACUAACGCUUGCUAUCACUGCACAAUUUAAAUGACUUUAAUAUAAUUUAUCGUUUUAUUUGAAGUGAAUUGAAUAAAAGAAUAAUGUUAUGGAGCAAUCCAAUCAAAAAUAAAUUCAGAGUUUUAGAGUUUGGCCAGUUAAAUUAGAUAAGAGAUAUUAUACUUGGCUGGAUUUUUCCUUGCACAGGAAGAUAAUAAAUGACAAGAGAUUAUUGUUCCUUGAUUUGCUGAAAUGAAAGGGAAUUUGUUUGUGUAUGAAAGAGAUCAAGGAUGAUGAUGAAUAAUGAUCUGGAUUUCUUGGCAUUGAUAAACUCUAACUAGAGAUCGGUUAUCUGUGCAUCUUGCACAUAUGUCCCAUGUCUAGGUAAUACUCCUUUUAAAAAAAGAAUAUAGAUACCAAUUGGAUUUAAAAUUUGAUGUGUAAUUGCAGAAAGACCAUUCUUUUUGUAAAAUUGGCUAUCAAUGUUUCUGUUUUUGUUUUUUUGUAUUACUAGGCCAGAGGUUUGUUGAUGCAUUUUUAUAUCAAUUUGAAAGUCUUCUGGAAAUAUGUACAGUUUGGGAAACUAAUGCUGUUUAAAGAGCCCCAUUUCAACACAAUAAAAGAUCAUUACUAGAUGCUAAGUUGUAAAAGACACAUUAUCGCUUAAACAUCUCUGGUUGAAAGUAUGGUUUAAAUGGCAUGUAUGUCAAUGAGGAGUGUUAAUGUGGUAGUGGUAGUGAAGGUCUGACAAAUCAUAUCAACUUAAGGGUCGACCCCUUAUUUAUAAAAUGUAUAAGGUUUAUACGGUUUACUUGAGUUUAAUCAGGUCUGUUGAUUGUGAGGGACAUAACCUCACGUCUAUUGCGUUCACUGCCUUACUAAUUUGCUUUUAUUUCAUGGCUUUAAUUCUACCUGCAUUAUUUUAUAACCAGUAGGCCUAUAAUGAAUACAGAUCAUUGGACCAACUUAUUUCCAACCUGGGUAAUGUAAAUGCAUAGCAAUAUAUGCUCUAGUGUUAAUCUUAAUUCUUUCUUGAUUUUUUAUCUCAUUUUAGCAGAUGGUGUCUCUUCUAAAAGAGGUUAAUUAAAAAAUGUAGACACAUUUGUGGUUAAAGCACCAAUGUAAUCAUCCCCAGUGGAAAGAAUUAGAAUCCCAGUUCCAUAUUUAAAAUACAUGACCAAAUUCCACAUUUCCAGUGUGAAGGAAAUGGAAUUGUUGUUUGGGAUUUACUACAUUCAAUAUUUUCAAUAAAUUGUAUUUAUUUAACAUAUGGCUUCUUGUGCGAUGCCUUUUUCGAGGUAGCUUUUUUUUUUUUUAAAUGAAUGUAGGGCAGUUUUGUCAGUUGCUGAGGGCAAAUAAGUAAAAAACAUACUAAUUUGAAUCGAUUUGAAUAUUGAAUGGAAUAUUCCUUACUUUUAAUACAAUUUUCUCCCAUUGAAAAAUAUGUUGACAGUGGACCAAUGUUCCUAGAGGAUCAAGCUACUCUAAUUAUCUAUUAACCUUAGGGGGGCCCGAACCUCUUUACCUAGUGCCCCAUAUACACUAAUACCGCCCUGUUCAUGGCAAUUCUGGCCAGGUCGUCACCUUGUUAUGUUUUCCCCUGAACGUUUCUACGUUUGAUAAAUUUGUAUUUAGUUCGAGGCAGAGGCGAGAAUGACUGGUGAGAACCUUCUUAAAUGAACCUUUAAUGCUGGAUUUAAUUAUCAGAAUUCGGAUUUUAUCCAAGUAUUCUGACUUUAUUAUCAGAAUGCUGAAUUUUAUCUCACAAUUCAGAGUUUAUUAGCCUAUUCGAUUUCUGAAUUAAAAUUCUUGUGAUGAAUAAUCUACAUUUGUACAGUCGAUGUGCAGCACUUUAAUUCCCGUCAACUUUGUUUUCUAACACCAGCAUUUCCACAACUAUGCUCAUGUUCGUGACUGCUAUACAAAACCAUUUAUAGUGCAUCUAUUUUUCUGCUGGGUAGUGAUAGUCGCCCUAAAUGCAGCUUUAAUUUGGGCUCUGAUUCUGAAUAAAUGCCGCUGCUGAACUGUGAGAAUAAAUAAAGGGAACUGAAAUCUAAAGAAGACAGGUGGUUU